UCAAACACUUUGCUCAGCGGUUCACAAAAAAAAGUAUCGGUUCAAAAUCAUUUCGAAUCACUAGCAAAGCAAUCGUAAAAGCUACAGUAGCAUACAUCUAGAUGUCGCACAUAACAACACAGCUCGUGCCUUUUCAGUGUCUCGAGUUACACACACACACACACAAAAGUGAGGGGUGUUUGUUCCUCUGCUCCGUGGGAGAGGCGCGCGGUCACCGUUACGCAUUUCAGCAGAGCAGCGCGCGCAGGAUGGCCGAGAGUCACGGCGAGAUCAGCGGCCAGGACCGGUCACCGGUGCAAAACAUCAACCACAGAUCCUCCAAGUGGGUCCGUUUGAACGUCGGUGGCACGUAUUUUCUGACCACCAGACAGACGCUGUGUCGGGACCCCAAAUCAUUCCUGUUCCGGCUGUGCCAAGCGGAACCGGACCUCGAUUCUGAUAAGGAUGAGUCCGGGGCGUAUUUGAUUGACAGGGAUCCCAUUUAUUUCGGGCCUGUGCUGAAUUACCUCAGACAUGGGAAGCUGGUCCUCAACAAGAACCUGACGGAGGAGGGAGCUCUUGAAGAAGCCGAGUUUUACAACAUCACAUCAUUAAUAAAACUCAUCAAAGAAAAGAUCAAUGAAAGAGAAGGCAAGAGGACACAUACACCGGUCAAGCAUGUUUACAGAGUGUUACAGUGUCAAGAGGAAGAACUUACUCAGAUGGUCUCGACCAUGUCAGACGGAUGGAAGUUCGAGCAGCUUGUCAGUGUAGGUUAUGGGCGGGCCCAGAAGUCAGAGUUUUUCCUGAUUGUGUCUCGAGAGGUGAAGGGGGAGGAGUCAAGCCAAACUCACCCCGCCCACAGUGGAGAGUUGGUCAGUAUCGGAUCCUCCUAUAACUAUGGUAAUGAAGAUCAGUCGGAGUUCUUGUGUGUUGUUUCUAAGGAGCUGCACAACCAAUCAUACAGCAGCAACACUCAACCCAGUGAGAAAGCCAAGAUUCUACAGGAGCGCGGUUCUAGAAUAUGAUGAUCUAGAGCUGCCAUGUUUAGAGAUGCAUCAGUUCUUUCUAGAACAUUCCAUGAGCUUGUUCUCUUCACGCCUCGAGAGCACUGGACACCUGACGCACGCAAGCAGCACAAGAAGAGCACAUCCACUGUAAUCCAGUCUUUAUGGUGCCUGUUCAUCUGAAUUUAAACUGAGAUGGAUUCAGAGACUGAUUUGGAUUCUCUGGUCAGGAUCUGGGAAACUGGACCCAUGUCAAUCUCAGGGAUCGAAAGGAAAUGGACAGGUCGCUUUGAAUCACUACCCACCUGUUGCGAAAAUAAAGAUUUUGAACAGCAGUACAAGUUUUGCAGUAGCACCAUGGUUGGGCACAAAUUUUUAUGCAAGAUUGUAGAGCUUAGUAAUAUUUCCUAGUGUUGAGAUUUUAGAUUACUAGCAUUCAAAAGUCCGGGGAUGGGAAGAUUUCUCAGUGUUUUUGUUAAGUAAUGUCUACAAUAAUGUGAUGGGAAAAUACAGUAAUAAUGUUAAUUAUUAUUACAACUUCAAAUUUUUCUACUGUGAUAUUUUGUAAUAUGCAAUUUAUUCCUGUGACCAAAGCUGAAUUUUCAGCAUCACUACACCAGUCACAUGAUCCUUUUAAUACACUGAUUUGCUGCUCAAGCGAAUAAAAGUAUUAUUUUCUUGCAAAAUAAAUAAAUAAAAAUAAAAAAUCUUACUGAACCCAAACUUUUGAAUGAUAGUGUAUAUCACUACAACACAUUUGACUGGAAACCUGUAUGUUUUUUUUUUCUUACUCCUUUUAAAAAAUUAUCGCUUUUGCACUACUGCUAUUAUUAAGCAAUAUUUUAUAGGUAUCAGUUAAGAAAUGUGUUAGUGUGUCUUAAUACUGAAACCUUGGCUGGACCUUAAAGG